AUGGAACCAGGCAAUGAAACGGGGAUUUCAGGAUUUCUUCUUAUGGGAUUUUCAGAGGAAUUAGAAUUGCAGUCCUUCACAUUUGGGCUUUUUCUCUCCAUGUAUCUGAUCACUGUGCUUGGAAACCUGUUCAUCAUCUUGGCUGUCAGCUCUGACUCCCACCUCCACACACCCAUGUACUUCUUUCUUUCCAACCUGUGAUUUGUAGACAUCUGUUUCACCUCCACCACCAUCCCAAAGAUGUUGGUGAACAUCCAGAUGCAGAGCAAAGUCAUAACCUAUGCAGGUUGCAUCACCCAGCUGUACUUUUUCGUAAUCUUCUCUGGGCUGGACAUCUAUCUCCUGGCCGUGAUGGCCUAUGAUGAAUUUGUGGCCAUCUGUCACCCCCUGUACUACAUGGUCAGCAUGAACCAUCAGCUCUGUGGAAUCUUGCUUCUAGUGUCUUGGAUCACAAGUGUCUUGCAUUCUUUCUUACAAACCUCAAUGGUGUUGCAGCUCUCAUUCUGUACACAUGUGGAAAUCCCCCACUUUUUCUGUGAACUCAAUCAGAUGAUCCAACUUGCAUGUUAUGAUACCUUUCUUAAUAAUAUGGUUAUGUAUUUUACAGCUAUGCUGCUGUGUGGUGGUCCCCUCGCUGGUAUAAUUUAUUCUUACUUUAAGAUAGUUUGCUGUAUAUGUGGAAUCUCGUCAGCUCAAGGGAAGUGUAAAGCAUUUUCCACCUGUGCAUCUCACCUCUCAGUCGUCUCCUUAUUUUUUUGUACAAGCCUAGGAGUGUACCUCAGCUCUGCUGCUGGCCAGAGCUCACACUCAAGUGCAACAGCCUCAGUGAUGUACGCCAUUGUCACACCCAUGCUGAAUCCCAUCAUCUACAGUCUGAGGAAUAAAGAAAUAAAAGGGGCUCUGAAAAGAUUCUUCGGGAUGGCACGUUCAAAAGGGCCAGUUAUACUUGGGCAGAAGAAAUGCCCAGAAUUGCAGGACUCAAAGCCUCAGAGUCAGAAUUGUGCUUUUUUAAUCACAUUGCAGAAGUAG